AGUUGCCCCUCCAAAGAAGACCUGCGUGGGGACUGACAGUCAAGAUCCAAUGGCAAUAUUCUUCACCAACAGGAAAAUGGGUACUCCCAAACUGGUCGAGUAUUCCCAGUAUGGUCUGGGAAUGGGAUUUAGCCAAGCCUCCAGACAGUGGAUGGAUCUCCAGCCGACAGAUGUCUUAUGGAGUCUGGGUGAUGCCUUUGGUGGAACUUUAUCUCUGAGCACUGCCUUCGGAGCUUGGCUCCAAGGAGCCUGUGUGUUUCUGCAUCACAUGCCAACCUUCUGCCCUGAGACUGUUCUAAAUGCCCUGUCCAGGUUUCCCAUCACCACUUUAUCUGGAAACCCAUGGAUGUACCAGAAACUGCUUCAGCACAAAUAUUUCACCAGCUACAGAUUCAAGAGUCUGAAGCAUUGCGUGGCUGCAGGAGGAUCCAUCAGCCCUGGGGUGACUGAGGCCUGGAAUCGCAUCACUAAGUUGGACAUCUAUGAAGGCUACGGGCAGACAGAAACU